CGCCAAUCCGGUUCUUACGUGAGGAGCUCGUAAUGUUUUGAAGCGAUCUCCAGGAAAAAGCAGCAAUUUUCACAGGAAAAUGCUCCGGAGUAUAGCUUCAUUGGCUAUUCGCCAAGUGAUACAAACAAGAACCUUCGCUAACCGUGUUCCGCCGCCGGUUGUUCCCGUUCUUUCAUCGCAUUCGGGUCGUAAUUUUUCACUCUUCGUACGACCGAACAGCGAUGUAGUUCCUUCCUUUCGUAACACGAUCUCACGGCUACCAAGCAACACAUGUUCCAUGGAACGGUCUACAUCCCUCCGGUUGCUUGAUGCCAUCGCAGUAUCCCCGGUGUUACAAACACAACCUAGCCGCACCGUGAUUAAGUUUUCCUUGCGCAAAGGCAAAAGAAAGACGGUGAAAGCAGUGAUCAAACGAUUCAAGCGUCUGGAUUGGGGUGGAUGGAUACGGACCAUCUCCGGACGGCAUAAGAAAAUGUGGCGAAAGCGAGGGAAUCGCAAGCGUCGCCUGCGGCAGCACGUUCUCGUCAAUGGGACGCAGGCUACGCUGCUAGAUAAGAUGGUUACCAAGUACUGGAAGCGACCCAGGUACUACAUCAACGAUCCGUACACACCGUACCAUACCAGGGAAGAGUUUGUGUACACGAGAAGAAAGCCACUGAAUUGAUGUCGGUACAUCGAGCCGGAGUAAUGUAGUUGAACGAUUAAAACUUAUUCAACAGUGAAUUAUAGUCGUACAU